UUUCAUUGCAUACAUCGGGGCAUAAGCAGCGGUGUAAGUGUGGUUUUGUUUUUCCAAAGCAGAAGGCAACUAGCAACGGUGUUUAAACCUUAUGUUGACAAGUAGAACUGUUCUUCAAAAUGCCUUUUUUUGGCAACACAUUCAGUCCCAAAAAAACUCCUCCUCGGAAGUCUGCUUCUCUUUCUAAUUUACACACUUUGGAUCGGUCUACACGGGAGAUAGAAUUAGGUGUGGAGUAUGGAGCCCCAGUAAUGAAUAUUGGUGGCCAGAGCUUAACAUUUGAAGAUGGACAAUGGAUCUCAGAGUCGUCAGGUAAUGUAUCAGGAAAAGAGCUGCAGCGGUUGAAGAAGAGAAAUCUACAGUUAGAAGAGGAGAAUAAUCUUCUUAAGCUAAAAGUUGAGGUUCUUCUUGAUAUGCUUUCAGAAACAACAGCAAAAACACUUCUAAUACAGAAGGAACUUGAAGAUAUGAAGAGUAAUACUAGAAGAAGAAAGUGACAGAUGUGAAAACCCUUUUUAAAGAUCCCUUUUGUACCUUGUAAAGUGAUGUUCUAAUCUACACAAUUUAUUUGUUUGUGAUUCGAUUUUUGUAUUUUAAUUAAAUGUACAUUGUCUACUCUA